UCUUCUAUGAACGAUUACAUGUUGAUGAUGUGUAUUUGUAAUGUAGAUAAGAUUUGCUUAACAUUGUUCUUUCGAUACAAACUGAAAAUAUGUUGAUUUGGCGUGAAGAUAUAUUUCUACUACUGAUGAUUUAUACAAUAGACAAAGUUCAUGGAAAAAAUGAAAUAAAAAUCUCCACACCAAACAGGUACAAAUACAUGUACUUGACCGAGUACGGAAUUCCCGUUACGAACUCGACGUCCUUGACCUUCCAAGUUCAGGCUUGUAAUGACGCUCAUGUGGCCUUGAGGUCUGCCGGCAGACGACCAUUGGAGAUAGUCCUCGGGGGAUGGAGCAACUCACGUUCUUGUUUCCGGACAAGGGUUCAAGGGUCUUGCCGGACAGAGCACAGUGGACAGAUUCUGGAUUGCCAAAACUUUCAGACGUUUAGGGUCAGUUGGGCUAACCAAGAGAUAAAUGUCGGAUAUCAGGACUCUGGGAUAGGUGACGCUAUUCUCAGUUUCAGUCUUAGACGUCCACUCUCUGAUGUAGAGAUCGGAAUCUCCACCGGCUUUGGGGCAUCCGGAGUAUGGAUUUUUGAAGACCCAAGAGCGACCACAGAAAGUCCCACAACAACAACGACAACAACAACAACAACAGCGACAACAACAACAACAACAACAACAAAGGGUCCUUUGUCUUCAACUAAUCUCCAGCAGGCCCCGGUGAUAAAGGGACCAUCCGAGACCGGAAGUAGUGGUGACGUCACUGUAGCGGUCACUACAGGAGUACUAUCAGUCAUCGCUCUUGUCUUAGUCGGCGUCUUUAUAUGGAGGAGGUAUCACAGACCACGAGGUCAGGGUACUAACAUAGGAAUACAGAAUCCGAUGUUUAAUGCUAAGGAAAUGAACACAUACGAGAUCAUCCGAAGGUCACAUCCGGAAGUCAACAUGUACGCCGAUUUAAACCCCCUGGACGUCACAAAAAUUCAAGACAAUGCAGUGUAUUACGACACAGCCAAACCUUUCGAAGAAAAUAACACGUACUUGCCUAUACAGGAAUUCACAAAAGGGGAUGAUUCCAGGGAUACCCGAAAUUCUCGAAUCUCUCGGAUGUUUAGUCAUACUGAUUAUGACGUCAUACCGGCUAAUGAAGACCAAAGUGCUGAAGUGGGACAACAGAAAUAUAUAGUAGAUGACACAUAUCUGGUGCCCAGACCGUCAAUGAAGAAACAUUAAAACUAUUGAUGAACAUAUUUUUUUCUCAUAUUUGAUCUUGGAUUAUGGCAUAGCUUUAAAGAA